CUAUGUUUUUGUUAACAUUAAAAAUUGAAAUUUCUCACAAACUUCUUUUAUACAACUUUUUUCGCAAGCAGACACAGAUCUUAAUCAAAAUGUAAAUGGCACUCAAGUCAAAAAACAUGAAGGUUAAUUUAAGUUUCAGGCUGGCUUCCAUUCCAAUUUUCGUAACGUUUUAUUUUGUGUUGGCGGCUGGAAAGAUUUUGCGGCUUCCUUGUUCUUUCUAUUCUGAUCUCAAAAUUGUGCAUGAAAAUUCUCGACUGAUGUUUGGAAAACUUAAAACCAUUGACGUAAAAGGCGACCUUGACUGCGUGAAAAAUUGUAUUCUGCAUGAUUCGUGUCAAUCAAUAAACUAUAACCAUGAAACGGACAAGUGCGACUUAUUAAACAGUACAACUACUGAAAGUGGCAACAAUGGCACUAAGGAAAUUGGAUGGACUCACUAUGAAACUGAUCCUGAUGAUAAAGAGGUCGGAAACGUUUGCGCCACUACGUCACCUUGUAAAGGUCAUUAUUGUGAAGAUAUUUGUGAGUCUCCUGGUUUUAAUUGCACAUGUACUGAUGGACACUAUGGAAAGAGAUGCGAGAAAGAUGUCAGUAUGCCUGUACCGUCGUGCAGAUGGUUAAAGGAACAUUAUCCUGCCGCAAAAAGUGGAAAUUACACAAUUAAACACAAUCAGUUGACUGUAUUUUGCGACAUGGAAACUUCCGGAGGAGGUUGGACAACAAUUGGCAAAGUGAUCACGAAUGGUUCACCAAGCGAUAACGAGCGCACUGGAGGACACAUAUCUGGCGGUGUCGCCGAUCUUUACAAAGUUUCCACAAAUCGUUUUCUCCUAUCUUCUUCUGGUUUUAAAGAACUCAGAAACAUCAUUAACUUCACCCAAUUUCGAUUUUACUGUCACAAAUCUGGUCACAACAGAACCAUUCACAUUGUAACUGCAAACAAUGCAAGUGGAUACGAAGUGCUUAAUUACUUAGAUGGAGAUACAGACACCCGUCCUGGUUCAUGUGGAUCCUACAUUAGACUUGUCGAUGACACGUCUAUUACUACGUCACAGUGUGAAGUAUUGGGCAGAAAUGGUUCUUGGUCAAGGGAAGGCGUAACAAAGACAGCAAGACUUUACGACCAUCUACUAUAUAUUUACAACCUCACCCACAUAAACCUAAGGCACGAUCGACUGGAAUGUGAUGAUUUUUUCAAGACCUCUACCCAUUCAACAGCCGGGAAGUGGUUUUUCUUCGUAAAAUGAUUGACUAGCUUCUUCAAUGUUUUGCAUGAUUGCAGACAAUGCUUUAAUGUCACAGAGAAGCCUAUUUGUCUUCAUGUUGAUAGCUAAUAUUUGCUAAAACUUUCAUGACGUUUAUUUGGAGAGAUUAUUUUUCGUUCUUCUUCACAAUCAAGAUACUUCAAUGUCAGAGAUUUCCAUUCGUCAAAUUUGAUCAAUUUUGUAGGAAUUUGCUUUCAAACAUUGAUGUUAAACUUCAGAAUCUGAUUUUUGAUUCUUUUUUAUCUAGUGUAGUUGUAUAAACGUUUAAUUCGUUUAUGCUUCGGGUAGUUCUGUUUUAGUUUCACUUUUAGUUUUCACUCAAGUUAGGUUAAUUUACUUUUAGCUCCUUUUUGAAAAUUCUAAUUUUUUUGGUCAAGCGGUUUUAAAAAAAUUGCACACAUUUAGAUUUACGUUAAAAAUCGAACCCUAAUAAACAAGAUAAUUAUCAUUUGUAUGUGCAUGGAAUUGUACCAGUAUUGAAUGUACGAAUAACAAAGAAAGUUUUUCCGCCAGAAUUUUAGUUUCGCAAAAAAAAGACUAUUGUGCGAAAUUUUGAAAACAUUUUUAAAUUCAAGGUAUGUUCUUUUUUUUGUUUGUUUGUUUAUUUGUUUUUUGUUUUAUUGUUAAUUUUUUUUUAUUGUUAAUUUUUUUUUAUUGUUAAUUUUUUGUUUAUUGUUAAUGAAGUAAUUUUCUUAAAUUUUAACUAAACGCACACUUUACUGAUUUUAAAAACUUCAAAUUCUAAUUAAAAUACAAUAACAAAAAUAUUAUUAAACACUUUACUUUAGCACUUAAAAAUCCUUUAAGAAUUGUGAUGUGUGUGUUAUAACUUAAUAUUCAUUAUCCUUUUUUGGAAAGAUCUUUAAAGAAAAAUGAGGUUGUGGACAACCUAAGAACGGAAGUUUAACGGGACUCAACUAACUAAAUAAAUUUGUCAAAUUUUACGUCACCUUUGUAUCGAUUAUAUCGCAUUUAUCCUUACGUUUUUUGUAAACAUUCGACAUAUUAUUGCGGCAUGCUGAUUUCCAUUAAAAAUAUCCUGUGAGAAUUCUUAAAUGUGAUUGGUUAUUCUCCAAAUUUUUUACUCACAGGUAAAAAUUAAUAUAAUGGAAAUUCGCUUGUAGUAACUAUAAUAUACACAAACAUAAUAUUUUUUACGCUAGUGAAAUGCAUAGGAAUGCACGUUGUUUUUUAUAAGAAAAUCAUUUUUUGACCUGAGGCUCACUUUUCUUAGUAAAAUACUUGAAUUUAGGCUCAAAUGUUCCUAAAUUUUCUUUUGUAUUCAUUGAAAACUUUUUUGUUAUCUUUAUGAUCAAACUUUGUUAGGAUGUAUGUUUGACUGAAAAAGAGGCACUUGAUUGUGUUGUGUUUUGAAAUUAUGGUGAUUUAAUAACUGUAAAUGUAAAUAAUAAGGUCUCCAGGAAAUGGAUUUUAUCAUGACGCGGCUGGGAAUUUUCUUAAAAUCUUCUUAGCAUCUUGAGGUUUUUGACGCUCAUUUUCUUAUAAAAAUUUUCUUAUAAAAAAACGUGUAUGUAUUUAAUAUAAUAUAUAU